GAACAACGGAUUCCAUUGUGCAUCCUCUCUUAGUUAUAUCUCGCAUUACUUAAUUGAUUUCCACAGAAGCAUCAAAAUGUCCCCUGCCGCCAUUAUUAGUAGCCCUGUCGAUGGCGCCGCUGCUGUCAAAGCCGUCGACGCCAAAGCUCCUACUGUAACCGCAGAUGGGCCCAUCGCAAGAAACCUUCUACAUGUGGUUGAUGACCGUACUGGACAAUACUAUCAGAUUCCUAUCUCGCACAAUUCCAUUAGCGCCAAUGAAUUCAAGAAGAUCAAAGCCCCAGACACCGAAUUCUACGCUGACCAGAAUGAAAGUGGAAUCCGAGUGUUUGACCACGGAUUUACAAACACGGCCGUAGUAAAAAGCAAGGUCACUUAUGUUGAUGGCAAGAGAGGCAAGAUCCAGUACCGGGGCUACGAUCUCGCGGACAUUGUCGCCAACAACAAGAAAUUCAUCGAUACAGCUCAUCUUCUGCUCUGGGGGUUCUGGCCCUCAUUCGAAGAAGGAGCAAACUUCCAGCGCAAGUUAUUUGACGCAAUGUAUAUUGAUAAAUGUGUGCUUGACACUAUCCAUGCGAUUCCCCCAACUGCUUCUACGACCAUCAUGUUGACAGCGGGAUUGGCGGCUGUGCAGGCCACCCAAAUGGACAAGGUUCCCGCCCAUAUGGCCAAAAACCUCUAUCUCGGAAAUCCGGAUCUGGUAGACGAGCAAAUAAUCCGACUAAUGGGUGUGCUGCCCGUCGUCAGUGCGGUGGCGUAUUGCCAUCAUACCGGCCGUACUUUCAACUCCCCGCGAGCUGACUUGACUUACAUUGAAAACUUCUUGUACAUGUGCGGCCAUGUCCAGGAGGAAACGGGACUCCCUAAUCCCCGCUAUGUGGAAAACUUUGAGAGACUCUGGUCUCUCGUCGCUGAUCACGAGAUGACUUGCUCGACCGCGGCGGUCCUUCUGACUGCCUCGUCGCUGCCAGACCCUAUCUCAUGCAUCAUCUCUGGUGUCUCAGCAUCCUAUGGCCCCCUUCAUGGCGGUGCCAUUGAAUUCGCCUACAAGGACAUGGCUGACAUUGGCAGUGUGGCAAAUUGCCAGGCAAAGAUUGAUCGUGUCAAAGCAGGCAAAGAACGCCUCUUCGGAUAUGGACAUCGUGUCUACAAAGUCACUGACCCGCGUUCGGACCAUAUCCAAGCGGUCUUGCGGACAUUGAAAGAAGAAAUCGAUAAUGACCCCCUGUUAAAGGUCGCCUUUGAGUUGAACAGAAUCGCUCAACAAGAUGAAUACUUUGUUUCGCGAGGAUUGAAACCCAACGCUGAUUUGUACGCGGCUUUCACAUACGGGGCAAUGGGCUUCCCUGCGGACUUUAUCCUCACCAUCUCAACCAUCUCCAGAACACAAGGACUGAUGGCGCACUGGAAAGAGGCUAUGGGCCUGACUUUAGGGUUUUUACUAGGCGGUCGACCACUCCUCUGGCGUCCAACUCAGAUUUACACGGGCAAGCUCGAUCAGAAAAUGGGUCUGUAA